AUGGGACACGCUCUCCUCGGCAGCUUCUUCAUCGUCUUCGGGGUAUGGUGGUGCAUAAAGUAUUCCUACCGCUUUAUUCAAUGGCAGCACUGCACUAUGCACAUAUUCUUUGGCAUCGCCGGUGCAGUAUUUGUCAUUGCACGUACGUGUGUCACUGGGCUGAAAGCUUUUGAGCACUUUUUCAUGGCCUUGGCUUUUGUCAUCAAAGGUAUGCUGUUUUACUUCCACGUUCACGCCCGUUCACCUUUAGACAUUUCCCUGCACUAUAUGUUGGUGAUUACAAACCUGAUGUUUGUAACAAUGGCAUUCUGCCGGAACAUCCUCGCAUGUAUGGCUGUAAUGGAUGGAAUCUUCGGCGUAAUAUCUGUCCAUUGCCGUGUGACUAUCACCCAGGCCAGCACCAACGAAAUUCGCCUUGAAUGCUACGAUAAGCUUAUCGAUGAAAUUUGA